AUGGUAGGCCAAAUGAAAUCAUUUUUCUUCGUAUUCAUUUUCCUUGUUCUAUCAAAAGCCGUCGUAUCAUCAGCUAGGAAACCAUCCAAAUCACAACCAAAGCCGUGCAAAAACUUUGUCCUCUACUACCACGACAUAAUGUUCGGCGUCGACGACGUGCAAAACGCGACUUCUGCAGCCAUUACCAACCCCCCGGGCCUCGGUAACUUCAAGUUCGGGAAACUAGUGAUCUUCGACGAUCCAAUGACCAUAGACAAAAACUUUAAAUCCGAACCCGUGGCCCGUGCUCAAGGGUUCUAUUUCUACGACAUGAAGAACGAUUACAACGCGUGGUUCGCGUACACGCUCGUCUUCAACUCGACGCAACACAAAGGGACGUUGAACAUAAUGGGGGCAGAUCUUAUGAUGGUGAAGAGUAGAGAUUUGUCUGUGGUCGGAGGUACGGGUGAUUUUUUCAUGACUCGAGGGAUUGUUACGUUCGAGACUGAUACCUUUGAAGGUGCUAAGUAUUUUAGGGUCAAGAUGGAUAUCAAACUUUAUGACUGUUACUAGAAGAGAGUACCACUAAAUGGUUCGAGAGAGAGAGAGUCAGCUAGCGAGUGCCUGACUUUGUUAGAAGUUUUUUGUACUUUUAAAACUUCUGAUAAUUGAAUAAGUUUGAGUUGUGUAAUAAUCUUAUAUUGGUUUUUAUGUUUUCAUCAGUUGGA